GAGCCCAUACCACCACCCUACAAGAAGCUAGUAGCGUUCCAGUUCCACCACCAGCACCACCUCCUUCUCUCCCUCCAAACCAAAACGAUAACAAUGUCUUCAGCCUCUCCCAACUGCAGCAGCAGGAAGGAGAAACUUCCGUCACCCCUGCCUCCGCCGCCGUCUCACGACGACCGCCACAGCCACCAUUCGGCCCCGGGCGAACUAAGUUGGCUUGACAACUCCUGCGUCCAAGACCUGGACCACUUCGCCAAGACCCUCACCGGCAUCAAAGCCAAAGGCGUCCGCCCCGAGCUCCUCGGCUCCAUUCUCUCCCACUACGCCUCCCGCUGGCUCCCGGAGCUUUUUGGCCGCGCAUCCGCGGGCCCCACGCCGGAGAGCCCCACCGCUGCCUGGCUAAAGAAGCGCUUCUUCAUCGAGACCCUGGCCUCCGUCCUCCCAACCGAGAAGGGCUCCAUCCCAUGCGAUUUUCUGCUGAAGCUGCUACGCACGGCGAGCAUGGUCGGCGCGGAGCCGUCGUGCGUGCGGGAGCUCGAGGCGCGUGCCGCCGCUCAGCUGGACGAAGCCUCGCUCAAGGAGCUGAUGAUUCCCGCCUUCAGCCACACGUGCGGUACGCUUCUGGACGUCGGCCUGGUGCUGAGACUGGUACAGAGGUUCGCAGGGACUGACGACGGCGGUGCGGCGGCGAAGAGUGGCGCCGCCCUUGCGAGGGUGGCGAAGCUGGUGGACUCGUACCUGGCAGAGGUCGCUCUCGACGCUGGGCUCACCGUCGCUGAGUUCGAGGAGCUCGCAAGCUCGCUGCCGGCCCACGCGCGCGCCAUGGACGAUGGGCUCUAUCGGGCCAUCGACACAUACAUCAAGGCCCAUCCGAGCACCAGCAAGCAAGAGAGGAAGACCCUGUGCAGGCUCAUCGACGCUCGGAAACUAUCAGCAGAGGCCUCCCUCCAUGCCGCCCAGAACGAGCGCCUGCCCGUCCGAUCGGUGAUUCAAGUCCUCUUCUCCGAGCACACCAAGGUUAAUCGCUUGACCGACUGGAGCGGGUCUUUCAGUGGAUCCAGGAGCCCCAACCCUGCGGCGCUUGAGCCGCCGGGGCGGUGCCCGUCCAAGAGGGAGGUCUUGGUCCAGCAGCAGGAGAUGCGUCGACUACGAGAUGACGUUGCCAGGCUCCAAGUGCACUGCCAUGCCUUGCAAGCUCAAAUCGAUAAGCUCACUUGUGUGAAGAAAAAGAGGGGGUUCUUCCGGUGGGCUUCUUUCUUGUUGUUGUUUAGGACUACUUCUGAUGUCGUGGAGAAGGUGGAGGAGUACGAGCUGGGCGCCGAGCGGCCGACGCCCAUGCGCACCAAGAAGGGGAGGUUGGCGCAGGGCAAGGGCACGCCGGCCAAGUGGCGCAACUCCUUGUCUUGAGGAUGGCAUCAUGGCCUCGACGCACGAUUAAUGUCUUGUAAUGUCGGUUGUCUGCACCACUUUCCAACUUAAA